UCGGGUACAGGGCCCCAUGCCCUCGGCCCUCCGGGUGGCAGGCAGAGGCAGGGCCGCUGUGCAGUUUCACUUUUGCUAGCACACUUCCUCCUCGGCUUCCUCACUGAGCGCUGGGGCACGGACGGACGGCCAUCCACUCCUCCAAGUGGUCAGCCUAGGCCUGGCCUGAGGAGGCCUACAGGAGUUUCUCCUGAGCAUCCAGCCCCUCAGAGCUGCCAUGAGCAGGCCCCAGCCCCCAGGCCCAGGCAGGGCUGCUGUGGAGACCCUCCUGGGCGACCUCAUCAGCUACUACUGGGAAGGGGCAGGGGAGGGACUGCUCGGGGUCUGCAGGCAGGCAGCCCUUACCCACAGGGCCCAGCAGCUCCUGGAUACAGGGGCCCCUCUGGGGCUCCAUCUGUCUGAGGACAUGGGCCCUGGUCUUAGGGGCUGCCCCCGGGGAGACCCCAGCCCUGCCCAGGACAUCUACCCUGAGCUGGUACGGGCACUAGAGUUCCUGGAGCUGAUCUCUGUCAACUUGCUUCUGUUCCCCUGGAGGAAGGAAAUCAGGUCCCUGAAGACAUACACUGGGAGCUUUACCUACUGGGUGCAGCCUGUGCUUUCCAAAAAUGCACUGGACGCCAUUCUGGGCAGGCUGGGCUACACAGCCACCUCUGAGGCUGAGUUUUUGCUGGUCCAGCCCAUCAGCGAGGAGGACGCCAAGCAGAUGGUGUUUGAGAUCUUCCUGACGAGAGUUGCGUGUGAGGCCAUUGUCAGAACCUCAGGCAAGCAGGUCCGUGGGCCGAGCAUAGAGAGACUUGCCAAGCCCCUCUGCAGGCGCGGCUCAGACAGAGGGCUGGGGAAGGCCCGCAACUGGCUUAAGGGCACCCAACCAGGCCCAGGCUUAGGGGAACCGCAGCAAGGCCCCUCAGAAGGGGCAGGGUCUGAGAGGGCCCUUGCCGAGGGCACUGAAGUUCAGCAUUCUCUGCCUAUGCUUCUGAUCCCACCUGAGGCCUCAACAGCCCCCAAUGGUCCCUGCAAUGAUCCCCGAUUCCCCUUGGGCCACCAGUGCUGUGCCAGCACUCGCUCAUACAGUGAAGAGUUCAUGACCUGCUACAGUGACCUUGUCCUGCACCGGACACCCCUGUUCCCCAGGGACCUUCCCCUGAGCAGCCUACAGGGAAACCAACUCCAGGACCCAGCCCCAGCCCAGAGACCACUCUUGGAUGAGGUGGUCGCCCCCUCCGGUAGCAGUGGGGGGCAGCCCCUGGUCACUGUCCCCAACCAGCUCUGCCUGACACCAGGACCCCAAUCGCCAGAAGCUGAGCUGGAGGAGGCCACCCCUGGAACAGACGCUGUUUUUCCCAGUGCCUCCUCAGAGAUGGACAAGCUCUGUGAGCGUCUCUCCUACCUCCUUAGACCCCCAACUCUAACAGGUCAUCCAGGGGGAUUCCCUGGCCCUGGGGUUGAGGAGAAAGGACAACCAGAGCAUCACAUGGGGCCAGAGCCAGCCAGAGCCCAGACAGUAGGGGAACUGGGCUCUGGAGGUCUUCCCAGGCAUCCUCACAUAUACAAUAGCCCCCCAGCACUCAUUACAUCUCUGCAGGGGGGCUGGAGGCACCAGUGCCCGCUAGAAGACACCACCCAGGCUACGGCUCAUUGUGCUGCCUCUAGACAGUACCGGGGUGGACACCCUGACUGA